UUUUCCAAUCCACUCGUACGUCAAUGUCGUCAAAAAUCGGUGAAAAAACCGGCCGAAAAAUCGGCAAAGCCCAGAAGAACAUCUCGAAAACCGACAAAAAGAAGAAGAAGAGGAGGAAGGAAAGCUACGCCAUCUACAUCUACAAGGUCCUGAAGCAAGUCCACCCUGACACCGGCAUUUCCAGCAAGGCCAUGAACAUCAUGAACAGCUACGUCAACGACGUUUUUGAACGCAUAGCAGCCGAAGCCUCGCACUUGGCCCAGUACAACAAGCGCUCCACCAUCACCAGCAGGGAGAUCCAGACUGCCGUGAGGCUCCUUCUGCCCGGGGAGCUGGCGAAGCACGCGGUCUCAGAAGGCACCAAGGCGGUGACUAAGUACACGAGUUCUAGUUUGAAGUAGAAGUUUGAGAGUUGUGAGUAGAAUUAGUAUCUCUUGGAAGUAGUUAAAUAUGCUGUAUCUGUAGAAGUUUGAAUAA